UUUUACUCAUUUUGUUUUAUCAGUCACUUACAUCUCUGAUGCAAAACUUGACAUCCACAAUCUCAUCCACUGAGAUGAGGAAGAAGAUCAACUUCAGUGAUGAAGAUGGGGAGAUCUCCAACCUCUUCCAGGAGGAACUACUAUCAUCAUCCAAAAACAUCACCGAUGAGUUAAAUGCGAUCAACGGGAUGUUCUUUGUCCUCUCGGAUGUUGUGUCCUCCCUGGAGGAAGGAGUAAGGAAGAUGAAGAAUGAUGCAGAUGUAAGGAGGAACCAUACUCAUGCUAACUUGGAAGAUCAGGUGUCCAACCUUGCAUUGGUUGUUUCAACAAUCAACAACAGCGUUGAAUUACAAGGAACAAAGAUAAAUGAGAUGGAGUCACAAUAUACAAGUGAUAUGAAUGCAAUACAUGAUACUACUGAUGAAAAUACAAGGAUAAUGCAAGAAUUAUCCUCCAGCAUAGUUGAACAUUCACUCAUGCUGUCUGAUUAUAAGUUACAACAACACACACUUAACAUGGAGGUUAAAAGUCUUAAGAACAAAAACCCAACAACCAUUGCAGGCACAUGGACACCACCCCCCAGCACUUUAUCUGCACUUGAAGCAUUGGUGGCCACCCUACAACUCGCGAAUACAACAUUUAACACCCUUGUUGAAACCACAUCAGUUGAAAUACCCGCCUACUCUGAGUAUGAAGAUCAAGAGAGAGAUUCCUUUAACACAAACGUAUACCCAGACGUAUCUGCUUUCAACACAGAGGAAAAUGACAAAGACACCAAUGCAAAUCUCGCAAAAAUAUUUUCGGAAAUAUUGGUUUCUGUGAGUGAGAUAUUAGAUGGGGUGGCUAACCAUCAACAAGUUGAAACAACUGAAUUGAGGAAUCGACAUGUUGAUAAUACUCAAGUUGUUCAACUGUUGGGUAGAAUUCAAUCAAUAGAAGACAUGCUCUUGAAUCACUCAAUGCAAAAUAUCUCUGACGCAAUAACAGCUUUAUCUCAUCAAAUACAGUUGGUUUCCCUUGAAAGACUUGAAUCAUAUGGUAGAAACCAGAACAUGACAACUGAGGUAUUGGACAACUAUAGCCAGCUUAGCAACCAAGUGGUGAUCCAACAAAGUGAAAUAAACGAACUUUUAAUGAAUAUUUUAGACAUGAAUGCAACUUUAUCUAACCAAGUUAUGAAUGAUCAAGUCCAGGUAUUGUUUUUAGAAAGUACUUUUAUUUGGAUUUGCAUCUAAAACCAAGGCAUUUAA